UAUUGUUGAACUGUCACUGUCAAAAUGACAUUUUGAAAUUUAUGGCAUUAAUGGAAUAAAAUUUAAAUUUAUUGAAGAAUUUAAUAAUUUUAUUACAGUGUUUGGGGUGCCCAGUGUUUUAAUUAUAUUUACUUGAAAUAUAAAUAUUUUAUAAAAUGGUGUAUCAAUAUUCACCAGAUCCUCCAGAUGAAACACCAGAAAUAAAACCAGUACCAUCAUUACAAAAUGAUCAUUUAGGAGGCGAUAGUAAUGAUGAAAGUGACGAAGACGAUGGUUUUGAAUACGAUGGAUACGAACCAAUUCCUGUAGCACCUGACUUGGUGGAAAGUUCUUAUGAAAGUGAUGACGAUAUUGACAAUGCGUCAGCUGUUGCACCUGAAAUUUCAAAUUUACCAACUGCUCCAAGUAUUGAUGAGGAAAUAUUAAAAGAAAUUUGGUCAACACCAUCAGUGGCUACAAUACCUAUGGAUGCAGCUAAAGAGGAUCAAAUUAGAAAUGCUAUGGCUAAUUUUACAUUGCCAGCAUCAUCGAUACCCGAAUGGGCGGCUGUUAUUCCUGAUGAAGAUUUUAAAAAACAAUUACAAGAUUGGAUUAAACAACAGAAAAUCCAACAAAAUUAAU